UUCCAAUUGGUGAAAGUAGUCUUCCCCACCACGCACCAUCCAAUAGUACCCACCCCUCUCUGCCGACUUUCGUUGUUUAUAUAUGCAACCCCUUUUCUUAUCUUUCAAAUAUACCUUCUUACACAAACACACACACUCAUUUCAAUCUACCACCCCCCUCCUUAAUUUCCCAAUUUAUAGUGCCAGCCAGGCGCCGAAGCUUCAAUUAGUAAUUCGUUUAUGAUGGCCUUGGUGUAAUUUCAUGGGUGGUCAUUCCUUCUUUCUUCUCUAUUUCUUUCUAAUUAUUCCUCCAUUUCCCAUCAUCCCUGAUUAGAACUACUACUUACAUCCCACCAACCAAGAACCACUAUAACCAUUCAACAUUGGCUCUGCUUUCUCCAGAGUUACUAAUAAAGCUAAUUUAUCAAGAAAAUUGUUCAAUACAAAAGAUACACACACAUUACCAAUUAUGAGAAUCUCUCUGGUUAUCUCCACUUCUUUGAUGAUUCAGAGCCUUCUUGUGCUCAUCUUCUGUCAAGGUAUAUUGGGGGCUACGUUUACAUUUGUGAACAAGUGUGACCAUACAGUAUGGCCUGGAAUUCUUGGAACUCCAAAACUUGACAGCACUGGUUUCGAACUAACCAAAGGCAGUUCACGUUCAUUUCAAGCACCAACGGGUUGGUCGGGCCGGUUCUGGGGCCGAACCGGCUGCAACUUCGACUCAGAAAACGGUUCAUGUGCCACAGCCGAUUGCGGGUCGGGUCAAAUGGAGUGCAACGGUGGUGGAGCCACACCACCUGCAACACUAGCAGAAUUCACACUCGGGUCGGGUUCACAGGACUUUUAUGAUGUGAGUUUAGUGGACGGGUACAACUUGCCCAUGAUGGUUGAAGUGAGUGGCGGGUCGGGUCCUUGUGCAUCCACGGGUUGUAAUGUGGACUUGAACCUGAAAUGUCCGAUGGAGUUGCGGGUGAAUGGCGGCGACGCCUGUAGGAGCGCGUGUGAUGCUUUUAAGACUCCACAGUAUUGUUGUGCGGGCGCGUAUGCUUCACCGGCCACUUGCUCGCCGUCGGUAUACUCGCAGAUGUUUAAGUCGGCGUGUCCGAAAUCGUAUAGCUAUGCAUAUGAUGAUAAGACAAGUACAUUCACUUGUUCUAAUGCUAAUUACAUCAUCACAUUUUGUCCCUCCUCUCCACCAAGUAAACAAUCUCCAAAAUCAAACGGAUCGACAGAUGAAUCAGGAACGGAAUCAGGUUCUGGGUCAUUUUCAGGUUCUCAAUCAGGGUCAGGUUCUGGGUCACUACCAGAUUCUGAAUCAGGAUCAGGGUCAGGGUCAGGUUCAGGGUCAAUGGAUCAGGCAAUGUUAGCGGAUGGAUCUUGGUUAGCAAGUUUGGCUACAGGGAGCUCGGCCAGUAAUCAACCUUCAAGAGUUAUUCAAUUUAUACCUCUAAUGGUGGCUUUUGUAUUUUUUAUAGGUUCUCUUUUGAAAUUAUAGAGUUUAUAAUUAUUAAAUUUCAUUGAGUAGAAUGGACAAGCUUGUUAAUUAUUAAAUUUAAAAAUAAAUAACAAAAGAAGGCAUAAAGCAUCAACCUGCUAGCUUCUGUUAGGCUCACACAUCUCCACAUUGUAAACGAUUCCAUCAAUUACAUUUUCACGAAGUUCGUCCCUUCUUUUAA